AUGAAAGUGCCUUGGACUUCAAUUUGCCCGGCCCUGCUGCUCGUGCAGACAUGUGCAGCUGGGCCUUCCCAAGCUCCUUUGGCGGAUAACGGGUCGCCAGGAGCCUUGAGAAAGUUCGAAGGAAAAGUAUACCCAGCGGAUGGCUCGGAACCAGACUCAAAACCGGUCAGUGUGCGAGUCCAGAACGCCUGGAAUAGACUCCGAGAAGCAAAACCUGUGAUUCUCGAUGUUGAGAAACCCACCGGCAUCAUCGGUUAUACAAUACAUUACGGUCGCGAGGCUUUCCGAUUGUUAUUCCUGAACGGACCUGCUUCGGCGAAUGAUGGGAAGAAGCUCAGCCGCUCUGUCGCGCUGGCCGUUGACGAGCUGGAAAAGGCAGUUGAAGAAGACCUCGACUCAGACGCGAUGUACCUGCUCGCGGAGAUGAACUUCCAUGGCAACUUCACCCAUCCACGAAACUUCAGCGCUGCAUUCCAGUGGUACAGCAAAUUAGCCUCAUUGACUGGCAAUAGCACGGCCCAGUCCAUGAUUGGGUUCAUGUAUGCGACAGGGGUUGGUGAUGCUGUAGAACGCGACCAGGCAAAGGCCUUGGUGUACCAUGAAUUCGCUGCCGAGGGAGGCAACACUCGCUCCGAGAUGACUUUGGCAUACCGUUAUCACACCGGAAUUGGCACUCCCAAGAAUUGCGAAGAGGCAGUCAAGUAUUACAAGAGGGUUGCUGACAAGGCUAUUCAAUACUAUCGGUCAGGACCGCCUGGUGGACAUGCCAUGAGCAGAGAGUCCUAUCGGUGGGCUGACGAGGAGGGCGGCGUAUAUGGCGAAGGUGCGAGUGUUUCUAGCGCCGGCCAUAAUGCUCGAGAUCCAAAUCACGCAGCCACCGUUUCGAGUAUCGAAGAUGUCAUCGAGUACCUCGACCUGUUGGCUCGAAAAGGCGACCUCAAGGCCACUUUCACUCUAGGCAAAAUGAACUAUGAAGGAGCACGCGGGUUACCUAGGAAUUACAAGAGGGCCAUGAAGUAUUUCCGAGCCGUCACAAAGCGGUAUUGGAAUCCCGACGGUUCUUUUGUCCAGAACCCCUCUUCCGGACUCGACAAGUUGGCUGCCAAGGCGGCAGGACAUAUUGGUUUGAUGUAUCUGCGCGGUGAAGGUGUUGAACAGCACAUGGGCCACGCUCUGACAUGGUUCCGCCGCGGAGUCAAGAAUGGAGACGCUCUCUGCCAGUAUGAGAUGGGAUUGAUGUACCUCCAUGGCUACGGAGUGCCCAAGGACGCCUACAAGGCUGCUUCCUACUUCAAAUCCGCUGCCGAGCAAGAUAUUCCCGCUGCGGAGACUCGACUGGGGGCGCUCUUCCUCGACCAGGGAGACGUCGUUGCUGCGUCUCGCUACUUCGAGCUCGCAGCGCGUUGGGGAUGGAUGGAGGCGUACUACUAUCUUGCUGAGAUGGCCAACUUCGGUGUUGGGAGACAAGCUCACUGCGGUGUUGCUGCUGCAUAUUACAAGAUGGUUGCUGAAAAGGCGGAAAUUAUUCACUCGGCUUUUACUGAGUCAAAUGAAGCUUAUGAGAAUGGUGACAAGGAGCGUGCCCUCAUUCCGGCCAUGAUGGCCGCGGAGCAAGGAUAUGAACAUGCACAGGCGAAUGUGGCGUAUUUGCUUGAUGAACAGCGCUCCCUGCUCUCAUUAAGCCGGCUUUGGCCAUGGGCCGAAAAGGCUCGCACUAAGCUUCUGAAAAAUACCGCCUUGGCCUUAAUUUAUUGGACACGAUCCGCCAAACAGUCCAAUAUUGACUCCUUGCUGAAGAUGGGCGAUUACUAUCUGCGGGGCACCGGUGCGCUGGCAGAUGCGGAGAAGGCCUCAACUUGCUAUCACAACGCAGCCGAAGCGCACCAUAGCGCCCAGGCAUAUUGGAACCUCGGAUGGAUGCAUGAAAACGGCGUCGCCGUCGCGCAAGAUUUCCACAUGGCCAAGCGGUACUACGAUCUAGCCCUAGUGACCAAUCGUGAGGCGUAUCUACCUGUCAAACUCAGUCUCUUGAAGCUUCGAGCACGAGGAUUCUGGAACCGUGUCACGAACGGCAAUAUUAACCCCAUUCGUGAUGAAGAUUCCCGGCCUAGUCGCACAUUGAAAGAAUGGAUCGCCGCCUUCAUCGAGAAUGAUGUCGCCGACUAUUAUAAUGAACUCUACGAAGGUCGCGAAGAUGACGACGACUUUAUGGCUUCGGUGCAGUCUGACCAGGGCGACGGAUACUAUGAUGAUCUAGACCUUGACAUCGACGACAGUCUUCUUGAGGGCCUUCUGAUUGUCGGAUUGGCUCUGACGCUUCUCUUCCUCGUCUACGUUCGCCAGCAACAACAACGGAACCGCGAGAAUGCGAACGCGGCCAACCAGGCAGCCAACGGAAACAACGGCGGCAACGAAAUGGGGAAUAACAAUAACAAUGACCGCGGCUUUUUCCCUCAGCCGGGGGACCCUGAAUUUGGACAGUGGGUGGCAGGUGGGGUUGGCUUCACGUUCUUGUUUCCAUCGAUGGAGAAUUCCCACACCCCAAGCAAGCGUCGUCGCUUGAACGCAGCAGCGGCUCUCUCACGGCCUUUCAAGUCUCCACUGCGAAAACCCGACUCCACCGUUGCUACCUGUAGUCCGUCCCUCAAGACCGCCGAAGAAAGCAAGACUUUGAGCGGGACAACAACAACAACCGUGAGGCCUGAGCGUCAGGUAUCGGAUUCAGAAGACUUGCAUUCGCGUGGAAGUCUCCCGAACGAGCCAGCACGGUCCAAAAGCUCUUUGAAACGUUCCAUAUCUGGUACUCCACUGCAAUCACCUCGCGCAGACCCUGACCUCAUACGACUGCAGAAAGAGGAACGUGCCUUACAAGCCCGUCUCGCAGUCCUCAGAGACGAGCUCAACAUGACCAAAGAGGCAAUACGGAUUGAGGUAUCAAGUAAAGAUUCCGAGCUCGAAAAUUUAAUCAUCAAGUGGCGUCAUGCCAGUCAGGAGGCCGCUGAUGAAGUCUUUGCCGGCGCGCAAGAGCGUGUUGCACGAAUGGGCGGUCUCCAGGCUUGGAUGCAGCGUUCUAGGCAGGAUACGUUCAACUGGGACAAUGAUGAGAAGCCAACUGGGCCGAGUGGUGAUGGCGAUGGUGAUGGCCAGAGUUGUGACCGGAGCGACGUCUUUGUGGAUGAAUCGGACUGCCAUAAGAACGAUCAUCCUGACUCGUCUUUGGAGGAGUUCACAAUGGGGUUCAUGCUCAAGACCAUGAAUAUCGAUGAGCGGCUGAUUGGCUGGGACUCGGUUACAGAGAAAUGGACUCAAGAAUGA